CCUUUUUCCUGCAUCCGGGCCUGAGAGUGCAGGCUUGAGGGAAGCAUGGAGGUCCAUGGUAAGCCCCAGGCUAGCCCGAGUUGUUCGUCGCCCACCCGGGAUUCCUCAGGAGUCCCAGUGUCCAAGGAGCUGCUGACGGCGGGAAGCGACGGCCGCGGAGGUAUAUGGGACAGGUUGCUCAUCAACUCCCAACCUAAGUCCAGAAAGACCUCCACUCUUCAAACAGUUCGGAUAGAGAGAAGUCCCUUAUUGGACCAGGUACAGACCUUUCUCCCACAGAUGGCACGGGCAAAUGAAAAGCUAAGAAAAGAAAUGGCAGCUGCACCACCUGGUCGUUUCAAUAUUGAAAACAUUGAUGGGCCUCAUGGUAAAGUUAUACAAAUGGAUGUGGCUUUGUUUGAGAUGAAUCAGUCAGAUUCAAAAGAAGCGGACAGUUCAGAAGAGAGUUCACAAGACAGUUCAGAGAACAGUUCAGAAUCAGAGGACGAAGAUGACAGCAUCCCAUCUGAAGUCACCAUAGAUAACAUUAAGCUUCCUAAUUCUGAAGGUGGAAAAGUAGAGACGGGAUUUCACCGUGUUAGCCAGGAUGGUCUCAAUCUCCUGACCUCGUGUUCCACCCUCCUCGGCCUCCCAAAGUGUUGGGAUUACAGGCAUGAGCCACCGUGCCCGGCUGGAAACUAGCUCAUCUUUAUUUUCUUCAUCUAUUCCAAGAGAUGCCCUGCCAGAGAGGAAUCUAGAGAGGCAGUCUAGCCACAGCUGGUUUGCUGCACUGUGGUGGGCUCCGCCCAAUUCGAAUUUCCCUGUGGCUUUGUUUACACUGUGAAGAGAAAACCACCUACUCAAGCCUCAGUCAUGGUGGGCACCCCUUUUCCCACCAAGCUCGAGUGUCCCACGUUGACUUCAGACUGCUGUGCUGGCAGUGAGAAUUUCAAGCCAGUGGAUCUUAGCUUGCUGGGCUCUGUGGGGGUGGGAUCUGCUAAGCUAGACCACUUGGCUUUCUGUCUUCAGCCCCCUUUCCAGGGGAGUGAACGGUUCUGUCUCGCUGGUGUUCUAGGCACCACUGGGGUAUGAAGAAAAACUGCAGCUAGCUCGGUGUUUGCCCAAACGGCCGCCCAGCUUUGAGCUUGAAACCCAGGGCGCUGGUGGUGUAGGCACCCGAGGGAAUCUCCUGGUCUGUAGGUUGUGAAGACCGUGGGAAAAGCAUAGUAUCUGGGCCAGAGUGCACUCUUCCUCACGGCACAGUACCUCACGGCUUCCCUUGGCUAGGGGAGGGAGUUCCCUGGCUUCCCUUGGCUUCCCUGGGCUAGGGGAGGGAGUUCCCUGAGGCUUUGUGCUUCCCAGGUGAGGCAAUGCCCCACCCUGCUUCUGCUCCCUCUCCAUGGGCUGUACCCACUGCCUAACCAGUCCCAAUGAGAUGAGCUGGGUACCUCAGUUAGAAAUGCAGAAAUCACUUGCCUUCUGCAUUGAUCUUGCUGGGAGCCGCAGACCGGAGUUGUUCCUAUUUGGCCAUCUUGCCAGCCAGCCGAGAGAUCACUUUUUACUGUGAUAGGCAAUUUACUGCAGAGAGGAACUGUUCACACAGAGAUGAUUAGUGUCACAUGGUAUCGUGAGUAGAUACUUGCAACACGAGCUCAUCGCAAUAGCAACAGGAGGUGACCACAAAGUUAUUACAGUACUAAUUUUAUGCAGUUAUGAUUUAAUAUUGUGUCUUUGCAUUUGUUUGUAUUUCUUUCAACUGCAAAUGGUACUAGGUACCAUCUAUAAGUGUGUGGGUAAGUGCUGAUAAAUUAUAACUUUUUAUAAUAGAUUUAUAUAUUUUUUAUGGUAGAAAUGAUGAGAUAGACUGGUAUCUACAUAUAUUUUAUGCAUUUUUGGCGUACCUUUUUAAUUUUUUUAAGCCAUGCAGUUCAUCUGUGAAUUUUUUCAAAUUGUCACAAAUCUCCAAAAAUGUUAAAAAUAUAUUUAUUGAAAAUAAUCCAUGUAUAAGUGGACCCACACAGUUCAAAUCUGUGUUGUUCAAGUGUCAACUUAUUUAGCUAUUCUCAAACAUACCUCUUUUUAUUUAAAAAAUUUCUUUCUAGUUUGAGUUGGAAAACUGAUGCUUGUUAUGUAAUCACUGUUGGUGACAGUGCAGUCAUACAAUGCAUGCAGAAUUUACCGGUUGGAAAGAUUAGUUUUUAGUUGAUUUUUUUUUUUUUUUUUUUUUUUUUGUAAAGCAAAACUUCUUAUCUCAGCUAUUAAAACUGUUCCCCACAGUUGCCCACAGCUCGAAACCUGUCAAAUGUAGAAAAUAGGGACAUCAUAGGAAAAUUUGGAGGGCAUAGUACAAAGAAAGGCGACAGCUGGUUUUCCCUUCCAAAGGUCAAAAUGACAUUAGGCUGGAGUUGCCUUUCUGCCCUGUUCUUGGUUUUAUUAAAUUUAUUUGGGAUCUCAUCUGCCAUGAGCCUGACUUUUGCUCAGGAAAGAGGCCUGAGAAUUUAAGGAUUAUCUGUGAGUGUGUAGAGCUGAUGGAACUUUGUCUGCUAAUGUUUUCGGGUUUUCUUUGAAUUCUGUUCUUUCCAAUUCUUCACAUUGGCCUGAGUCUUCUUGUGAUUGCUGUGAAGAUAAUUAUUCAGGUCCUUUCUGAUCUUUCUUAUUGGAAACUGGAACCAGCUCUCCUUGACUGUGACUCACUCGCUAAAUGUGUAAAGAAAUGAACAGAUCUGAAACAAGAUUUUUUCAGCUGGAAAGAGUACACCAGAACUGUACACAACUGUGAUGAGUUAUUGGCAUAAGUACUUAUUUAAAGAUUUUCUUCCACUGGAUGCUAUGCUACCUUGUGUGAACAGUUGCGUUUGUCUAUUUCACUAUUUAGCAUAGUGUGUGGUACACAGUAGGCAUGGAAUAAUGAUAAUAAAUGGAUUAAAUUGAUGCAUGAAGGUAUACAGGAGACUUUAAGCCAUCAUAGACAGUUCCAGGCAGGAGAAUAUGAAGAUGUAAUUUCAAGUACAGUUGUUAUUGUCAGUUUUGCUUUCCACGGUUUCAGCUACCCAUAGUCAACCACAAUAUAAAAAUAUUAAGUGGAACAUUCCAGAAAUAAUACAUAAGUUUUAAGUUGCUGAAUAAUGUGAUGAAAUCUUAGGCUGUCCCACUUCGUCUCUGCUGGGACAUGAAUUGUCCUUUUGUCCUGCAUAUUCAUGCUGUAUAUGUUACCCACCCUUUAGUCACUUAGUAGCCAUCUGGAUUCUCAGAUUGAAAACAGUGUGUAUAGGGUUCUGUUCUAUCAAAUGUUUCAGGCAUCCUCUGGGGGGUCUUGGAAUGUAUCCCCCAUGGAUAAAGGGAGACUACUUGUAUAAUCUGGUAAAAUGGAUGAAUUAUUCAUAAACAAUGUCAGAACCAGCUAUUUCAAACAAGAUUAGAUUCUCUAGCCUAAUAUCAUAUGCCAAGAUAAAUUAUAUAUGGAUUAAGGAUUUAAAUGUAAAAAAGAAAUUAUAAGAGUUCCAUACUAAAAUGCAGGUUUAUAUUUAGUAAAAUAGUCAAAAAAGUUGUUUGUUUUUUUUUAAAAAAGCAUAACAUCAGGGCCUAAAAUCACAAAGGAAAGGAGUGGAAAAUUCAUCCCCAUAAAUAUUAAAAACUAGUGUGUUGCAAAUAAAUUCAAAAGAUAAGGGAAAUACUGGGGAAAAUAUCUGAAACAUGACAGAGAGUGUCAUUAAUAUAUCAUGGACUUUUACAUUUUAGAAAAAAAAUGACUGAUAGUAGUGAAAAGACUAUAGGAAAUGAAGAAGUAAUUCACAGAAAAAGAGUCAACUCAAUUUAUCAGAGAAAUGCAAAUGAAAUCAAGAUUGCAUUCUUCACCUAUCAAAUUGGCAGAUGCAACAAUAGCUGGUACUUACUGAGCCCUUUCUGUGUUAGCUACUAUUCUAAGAGUUACCACCACUCAUAUGUAUGUAAAGGCUAAUGGAGUUGUAAAUUUAACUUUUGAGGACUUUAUCAUAUGUAUGCGUAUUAGUCUGUUCUCACACUGCUAAUAAAGACAUACCGGAGACUGGGUAAUUUAUAAAGGAAAGGCAGUUUAAUGGACUCACAGUUCCACAUGGCUGAGGAGACCUCAUAAUCGUGGUAGAGGGCAAAGGGAAAGAAAUUCAUGUCUUACAUGGCGGCAGGCAAGAGAGCUUGUGUAGAGGAGCUCCCCUUUAUAAAACUAUCAGACCUUGUGAGACUUAUUCACAUGAGAACAGCAUAGGAAAGACCCGCCCCCAUGAUUCGAUUACUUCCCACCAGGUCCCUCCUACAACACAUGAGAAUUAUGGGAGCUACAAUUCAAGAUGAGAUUUGGGUGGGGAUACAGCCAAAACAUAUCAGUAUGUUAUGGCCUUAUCUAAAAGUUGUUUUGUUUGUAAGCAGUUUGCCCUACAGUGUGAGGAAAGUGCAUCACUGUUGUGCUUUGGUUGUCCAACUCUUUGCUUACUCUGAUGCUUAGGUAUGAGUUGAUGACAGUCAUUUGGAGAGCAGUUGCACUCCUAAAAUGGAUGAAAUGUUCUCUUCAAACUUGUGGUGUACCAUCUUUCUAUGGCUCUGUGACAGUUACAGAUCCGAAAAUUAGGUAUAAUGGCUUUUGAAGCAAAAAUCUCAUUCUGAAUAAAUCUCCCAUCUGUUCCAAUAACAUUUUAAUUGUGCAUCAAAUAUGGUACUUAUUUUUAAAAACUGCCUAGCAGGAUAGUUUGUGUUACUCUGCCUGUAUCCAUGACCGUGAUAAGAAAUGUAAGAAAAGGCCAGGCAUGGUGGCUCACACCUGUAAUCCCAGCACUUUGGGAGGCCAAGGUGGGUGGAUCACUUGAGGUCAGGAAUCCAGACAAGCCUGGCCAGCAUGGAGAAACCCUGUCUCUACUAAAAAUAUAAAAAUGAGCCAGAUGUGGUGGUGCAUAUCUGUAAUCCCAGCUUCUUGGGAGGCUGAGGCAGGAGAAUUGCUUGAACCUAGGAGGUGGAGGUUAGAGUGAGCCAAGAUCAUGCCACUGCACUCCAGCCUGGGUGACAGAGAGACAGACUGUCUCAAAAAGAAGAAAAAGAAAUGUAAGAAAAGCGGUUGAGUCUUACUUUCAUUUGUAUUUCUCUCACUGCCUAACAUAGUGCCUUUCGCUCGGCUGGAAUAUACAAUAAAUGUUCAUUAAACUGA